GCCGGGGUGCGGGCCUGGGGCCGCCUCUAGCCGGCUCCGAGGGCGCGGGCCCCGGGAAUGUGGGCGCCCGCCGCGGGAAGCCCGUCUGCGCGCCGCGGCGCCGUCCCGCCCAGCCAGCGAGCCUAGCAGGCAGACGCGCGGCCGGCGAUCUGGGGGCGCGCCGCUUCGCCUUCCCCAAAAUGUGAAUCGGGGAGGGCGGAGACGCAGAGAGCGCCCGGCCCCAAGCUCUCGCCGAACCCCUGCCCUGCGCGCCCAGGCCGCGCCGUGCCCGGCGCGGGGCUGCAGAGCCACCGUGCCCCGCGCUCCCUCGGCGCUGCGACCCCCCGGCUUCGGCCCGCAGCGGCUUCACGGUUCCCGAGGCGGUCAGAGCCGGGCCCAGGACGGUGCGUCCGGCCUCGCCCCCGGCUUCUCGCCCAGACAAGUUUGAACAAUGAUCACAGUCAACCCAGAUGGGAAGAUAAUGGUCAGAAGAUGCCUGGUCACCCUGAGACCCUUUCGGCUGUUUGUCCUGGGCAUCGGCUUCUUCACUCUCUGCUUCCUGAUGACAUCUCUGGGAGGCCAGUUCUCGGCCCGGCGCCUGGGGGACUCACCCUUCACCAUCCGCACAGAAGUGCCAGGCAGCCCAGAGUCACGCGGUGCCCUUCGCAAGAUGAGCGACCUGCUGGAGCUGAUGGUGAAGCGCAUGGAUAUGCUGGCCAGGCUGGAGAAUAGCAGCGAGCUGCACCGGACUGCCAGUGUGGCGCACUUAGCCGCAGACAGGCUCACCCCUGGGGCCAGCCUCAUUGAAAGGAUCCAGGCCAUUGCCCAGAAUGUGUCUGACAUCGCUGUGAAGGUGGACCAGAUCCUGCGCCACAGCCUGAUUCUGCAUAGCAAGGUGUCUGAAGGUCGGAGGGACCAGUGUGAAGCACCCAGUGACCCCAAGUUCCCUGACUGUUCCGGGAAAGUGGAGUGGAUGCGCGCCCGCUGGACCUCUGACCCCUGCUACGCCUUCUUUGGAGUAGACGGCACUGAGUGCUCCUUCCUCAUCUACCUCAGUGAGGUUGAGUGGUUCUGUCCCCCGUUGCCCUGGAGGAACCAGACAGCUGCCCGGACAGCCCCCAAGUCCCUUCCCAGAGUCCAGGCUGUGUUCCGAAGCAACCUGUCUCACCUCCUGGAGCUGAUGGGCAGUGGGAAGGAGUCCCUCAUCUUCAUGAAGAAGCGAACCAGGCGGUUCACCACACAGUGGACCAAGGCUGCCAAGUACCUGGCACAGAAGCUGGGGGACAUUCGGAGGGACCAGAAGCAAAUCCUUGUCCACAUUGGCUUCCUGACAGAGGAGUCUGGGGACGUGUUCAGCCCAAGGGUGCUGAAGGGCGGGCCUCUGGGAGAGAUGGUGCAGUGGGCAGACAUCCUGGCUGCUCUCUACGUGCUGGGCCAUAGCCUGCGGAUCACAGUCUCCCUGAAGGAGCUGCAGAGGUGCAGAAUCCGAGUCAUCGACACCUUUGGGACGGAGCCAGCGUACAACCACGAGGAGUAUGCCACGCUGCACGGCUACCGGACCAACUGGGGUUACUGGAACCUCAACCCCAAGCAGUUCAUGACCAUGUUCCCUCACACCCCAGACAACUCCUUCAUGGGCUUCGUGUCCGAGGAGCUCAAUGAGACCGAGAAGCAACUCAUCAAAGAUGGCAAGGCCAGCAACAUGGCGGUGGUGUACGGCAAGGAGGCGAGUAUCUGGAAGCUCCAGGGCAAGGAGAAGUUCCUGGCCAUCCUCAACAAAUACAUGGAGAUCCACGGCACCGUGUACUAUGAGAGCCAGCGGCCACCCGAGGUCCCCGCCUUCGUGAAGAACCACGGCCUCCUACCGCAGCCUGAGUUCCAGCAGCUGCUGCGGAAGGCCAAGCUCUUUAUAGGGUUCGGAUUCCCCUACGAGGGCCCAGCACCGUUGGAAGCCAUUGCCAAUGGCUGCAUCUUCCUGCAAUCUCGCUUCAGCCCGCCCCACAGCUCCCUCAACCACGAGUUCUUCCGGGGCAAGCCCACCUCCAGGGAGGUGUUCUCCCAGCAUCCGUAUGCAGAGAACUUUAUUGGCAAGCCGCACGUGUGGACCGUGGACUAUAACAACUCCGAUGAGUUUGAAGCAGCCAUUAAGGCCAUCAUGAACACCCAGGUAGACCCAUAUCUGCCCUAUGAAUAUACCUGUGCAGGGAUGCUGGAACGGAUCAAUGCCUACAUCCAACACCAGGACUUCUGUGCGGGUCCAAGCCCUGUUCCACCAGGGGCCAGCACUGCCCAGAGUCCAUUUGUCUUAGCUCCUAAUGCAACUCAUCUCGAGUGGGCCCAGAACAUCAGCUCAGUUCCGGGAGCCUGGCCCCCUACCCACUCUCUGCGGGCCUGGCUGGCAGCCCCUGGAAGGGCCUGCACGGACGCCUGCCUGGACCAUGGAUUGAUCUGCGAGCCUUCAUUCUUCCCUUUCCUCAACAGCCAGGAUUCCUUCCUCAAGCUGCAGGUGCCCUGUGACAGCACUGAGUGGGAGAUGCAUCACUUGUACCCUGCCUUUGCCCAACCCGGCCAAGAGUGCUACCUACAGAAAGAGCCGCUGCUCUUCAGCUGUGCCGGUGCCAGCACCAAGUACCAGAGGCUCUGCCCCUGCCGUGACUUCCGCAAGGGCCAGGUGGCCUUGUGCCAGGGCUGCCUGUGAGGCCGGAGCCACCCUGCCCAGAACCUGCCCACCCGUGCACGCGCGGUUGGCAAGCACCAGCACUUUCUGAGCUCUGGUCACACUCACCGCGUGUCCCCUGGCUGCAGCCUCCCCUGGCCAGGGAUGGAAAGAGGAAGCUGAGGAGACAGCAGCUCCAGGCCUGCAGCUCCCUCCUGGGGGGCUCCUUGCCUCACCAUAGGACUUGAGGCCAAGCACGUGGGCCUACCUCCCUGUCCGGUGUACCCAGGAGCACGUGGAUGGAGGUCCCUGGCUUUCUGAGGUCUGGACCAUGCUUGGGCCCAGCAUAGGCCUUUUGAUCCACAAGGCUGGGAGCAUGGUCAUGCGGUCCCCUAUUCAUCAGAGGUCUCACCUCAAGGGAGAGGGAUCAGGUCACAGCCACACUUGUCGUGAGGGCCACACCCUCACACGAGGCAACACUUCACGCAGGGCCAGUCUGGCCUCCUCAGUUGCUUGGGGGGGGGACAAAGGGACAAGGAGCUCAGGGAGGCCCCCCUCCUAGUGCCCCUCCUGUUGCUCAACCCUGCUUCCUCCAGCAGAAUUCCCUCUGGGCCUCUCCUGACACCCAGUUCUGGCAUGGCCUGUGACUGGUCCACAGCCUUGGUCUCUGCCCCUCCGGUGGCCACCUCCACCCUAGCUUCUGACAACAGGUCCCAGGCCCCACCAAGGCCUCCUCUGCAGACUCUGACAACAUUUCCAACCUUCGAGCAUCUCAUGCCGGCCAGGCUGAGAUGAAGUUACACCCACGAUACACUAGGCUGGUUCCGAUACGCAGGUCCACCAGACCUCCCCUGGCUCCCACCCUUCUGGGCCCCAUACUUGCCCCUCCCUUCUGUUUCCUCCAACCUCAGGCCACUUCAGUACACUCAGACUUCAGUACCCAUCUCUGUGGCAUGCCCUCUUCCAGUCCAGGGUAACCCUUCCCUCUCCCACCCCAGGGCCAGCCAGGCUCCAGGAACACUGCCAUUGCUCAUAUAUGGCCCGCUCCCAGGCUCCCUGGGACCAGACAGUUGUAGGAAGGAACUGUCCUGCGUGGGACUUGCCAGUGCCCCCUGUCCUGGUUGGCCCCUCCCUGUCUGUGGCAGCAGAACCCAGAGCAGCAAGAGACCAGUGGUUCCGAGGAUCUGCCUGUCGGAGGAAAGCAAUAGAGACACUUCUCUCUCUCUUCUCUCUCUCUUUUUUUUUAAAGAUUUAUUUCUUGAAAUAAAUAUUUUAUUGGGAUGUGAGAUGA